AUGAGUUACAAGCUGCAAGGAGUCAGUGUGAGGUUGGUGGAUGGUGGCAGUCACUGUGCUGGGAGAGUGGAGGUUCUUCAUAGAGGACAGUGGGGAACAGUGUGUGAUGAUGGCUGGGAUAUGAGUGAUGCUGCAGUGGUGUGUAGAGAGCUGCGCUGUGGAGAGGCUGUAGAUGCACUAAGUGAUGCUCACUUUGGACCAGGAUCAGGACCAAUCUGGAUGGUUGAUGUGGACUGCAGGGGGUCAGAGUCUACACUGAAGAAAUGCCAUUCAACAUUAUGGGGUAAACAUGCCUGUAAUCACUCUAAAGAUGCUGGAGUCAUCUGCUCAGGAGUCAGGUUGGUUGGUGGUUCUCGCUGCUCUGGGAGAGUGGAGGUGCUUCAUGGAGAGACCUGGUCCACAGUGUGUGAUGCUGACUUUGACCAGCUGGAUGCAGAGGUUGUGUGUCGAGAGCUGGGCUGUGGGCUUCCUGUGGAGGUGCUGGGAGCAGCUGCUUUUGGCAGAGGGGAGGGUCAGGUGUGGUCAGAGGAGCUU